GUGCCAGAUUGCAUCGCCUCCCGCCACACUUGUUUUCACCGGUAUCCCAGCAUGUGACUCGCUCAGACCUCCUGGUUGGUUCGCAUGCUGCUCGUUGGCUGAUGUCAACAACAGGGAAAAACCCUAACUUCCUUGUACCGGCUGUGACACAGAGGGAGGCUGCUCGGCAGUGAUCUGCAGAGUCAGUGUUCACGUGAAACCCGCGGUGAACACACACGCACACUUCCCAAAUAGAAAGACGCGUCUGACGCACAGACCUGACACUGGAAACGUUUUUAGGACAUGAAUGAGCUACGCCGAGGACGAAGGGAUGAAUGCUGAAGUUUUUAAAUCUGUGCACCCGUGGAGUAAAAUCCCAGCCUGUUGGAACCCCACAGACUCUGCCGCUGCUGCAUGGAUCUUCCCCUCACUCCUCCCUGUGCAAAACACCUCCCGUCCGUCCUGUGAGAAAAUGUCCUCUGCUGAACCCGACCCAUCCCUGGACCCCGAGCAGCUGGAGGCCCAGAUGGACUUCUUCCUCAAGCUGGGAUACUCCACGGCUCAGGUUCGGUCCGUUCAGCAGAAGUUUGGCCCCAGCAUAGACACAGAUAAAGUUCUGGGGGAGCUGAUGAAGAUGGAUCAGGAGCCCAAACAGGUGCCGGUGACCAUGAUGUCGGUGGUGCUGCCCAGAGGGGACCCCCAGGCUGCGGGCCCCACGCUGCAGCUGCCUGUCGCCGUGUCGACUCCUCGGACCAGAGAGGAGAGCAGCGAGGAUGAAGAUGCCCUGAGACCCAUCGUUAUAGACGGCAGCAAUGUGGCCAUGAGCCACGGGAACAAGGAAGUCUUCUCGUGUCUGGGAAUCCAGUUGGCUGUGAAUUUCUUCUUGGACAGAGGUCACACCAAUGUCACAGUGUUUGUUCCCUUGUGGAGGAAGGAGCAGCCGCGGCCAGAUGUUCCCAUUACAGAUCAGCACAUUCUGCUCGACCUGGAGAGGAGGAAGCUCCUGGUGUUCACGCCGUCGCGGCGCGUCGCAGGCAAGCGAGUGGUCUGUAAUGACGACUGCUUCAUCGUCAAGCUGGGCUACGAGUCUGACGGCAUCAUCGUGUCCAACGACAUGUAUCGGGACCUUCAGGGGGAGAAACCGGAGUGGAAGCGCUUCAUCGAGGAGAGGCUGCUCAUGUACUCCUUCGUUAAUAACAAGUUUAUGCCUCCUGAUGAUCCUCUAGGCCGCUAUGGACCAACUCUGGAGAACUUCCUGCGGAAGUUUCCAAAGACGCAGAAAAAACUCCUGUGCCCUUAUGGAAAGAAAUGCACUUACGGAAUCAAAUGUAAAUUCCACCAUCCUGAGCGAGCCAAACAGUCCAAUCGCUUGGUCGCCGAUGAGCUUCGGGAGAACGCUAAGCACCCUUCAGCUGCUCAGAAACAGUCCUCAGCUUGUUCCAUUCCUGUCCCGGGACAGAGCCUCUUGUUGGUGGAGGACAUGGCCAAGAAACUGAGUCUGGGACACGAAAUCGGCUCAUUGAAGAAAGAUCAUAAAAACGAACAUGUAGCUCAGGUGAAGACGGGUCACCGCUCCAGCAAGAAGCCGACGUGCAGAAAGGAAAGAGGCAGCUUCCACUCCUCCUCGGACCACGGCUCAGUGCGUGAAUCUCAGCUGGACUCUGGUUUGGGCUCCAUUGACAGUCAGCCAAUGGAGGCUCCCUGGAUUACUGAUUGCCAGUAUGGGGCGACGUACAGGGGCUGCCAGCAUUUCCACAGUGUCCAACAGCAGCACGGCCCUCAAGCACCAUGCAGCUGCUGCUCACACGGUCCUCCCUCUCAGGGGAGUGCACCACCUUUCCACCACCACAGCCACCAUCAUAGCAUCGGGCCCGUCAGCAGCCACAGCUCUGAUACGUCCCCCUACGGCCCACCUCAUUACCAUGGCUACCCAGCGUACCCGGUCAGCAUGCCUGCUGCAUACAGUCAGCCGGCUGAUUUCCAGCACGGCAGAGUCCACAACCGACAGCAGCAGACGUACUGGUCCGAUCCAUUUGGGGGUCAUCCUUCGUUGGUCCGCCACCUGCCGGCGGAGUGCUCCCAGUGGGAGCCCCCUCAGGCAACCCAACCCAGCAGAGAGGAGCGAGAGGUUGUUCGCAAGAAGCUCCUCGCCAUCUUCAGCGCCCACUUGGUGGACACGGCCAUGGAAAUGUUCCCUCAGUCGAUGGAUCCACAGAUGCUUGUCGCUGAGAUCCUCAGGCUGCAGAGUCAGAACCGGCCACUGAGAUGAGACCGUCUUUCAGUGCAAAGACUAGAACAGCUGCAGAAAUUGUGAUAAACAUGAGUUUCUGUAUUUUUUUGUAUUGUGGUAUCCACCUUGCUAUAAAUAGUUUUUGCAGUAUGCAGUUGAUACAAAUUGUAUCUUUAAUUAAAAUGUAGAAAGAAAAGUUGAUUUUUAUGGCAACAUAUUGGGGUUAACGGGGAGUAACACCCUGAUACUCACAGCGUACUGUACGGAGUGGCCUGGAUGAGAUGAAUAUAAAUAUGUGUUUGUGUCAUAUUGGCACUGUGCAACAUUUACGCUCUCGCUGCCAAAUAUCCAAUGAGUUGGGCAACAAUGAAACUCCACCAACCCCUCAGUUAAUGUGUCAUGGUGUAAUGAUAAUGUCCUGUUACUGUGAUGCACAAUUAAUGUUUAAUCUCACAGAUGAUGAGAUUUAAAUCUGCUUUUUAAUGCUUUAUAUUCUCUGCUCAGUGUGUUUAAUUUAACGUUUCUACCAUAGAUACUGUUGCUCAGCCCUGCCACAGUUUGCUGUAGACACUCUACUCAAGUUUUGAAAACGGGGCAGUUUUCUGUGACAAUCAUGAGAAAUGAGAUGUUCAGAGUUAAUCAGUUGCUUGUCAGUUUGACACAAACGUACGUACCUCUGGGUAAUUUGUCGUCACAUUAAUGAGUCACAAACUGACUUAUGGUCAUGAAUAUGACAUCAAUGGCAAGGUUAUGAAAUAAAAAUA